UCCCACAAUCCUGGCGAAGACCACAGUGGUGCGCAUGCGCCGGUGUGGAGGGAGGUUGCGGUUGCUACGGUAACGGGGCCUAUUGGGCGGGAGGCGGCCGGGCUCCCACGUCGGCUCCAUGGAGGAGGCAGCGGCCGUGAGGGAGACGCCACCGCCACCACGGGAGCUGCGCCUGUUAUCGCCGAGCGUGCAGGCGGGGCUUCGCUCGGCCGUCAAGGUGCCCUCACUCGCCCACUGCCUGGAGGAGCUGCUGCUCAACAGCCUGGCGGCCGGCUGUGGCUGCGCGGCGGCCCGCGUGAACGCGCAGGUCGGGCGCGUGCAGGUGGCGGACAACGGCGCGGGGCUCGAGCGCGCCACCCUGGAGCUGGCGGGAGCGCGCUACCACAGCAGCCGCGCCGCUGGGGCCGGGCGGGGAGGGGGUCCCAGGAGUGGGUGUGGUGAGGGUCCCGGGGCCGGGCAGGGAGGGGGUCCCUGGAGCGGUGGGGGUCCCGGGGCCGGGCGGGGAGGGGGUCCCAGGAGUGGGUAUGGUGAGGGUCCCGGGGCCGGGCAGGGAGGGGGUCCCUGGAGCGGUGGGGGUCCCAGGAGUGGGUAUGGUGAGGGUCCCGGGGCCAGGCAGGGAGGGGGUCCAGGGAGCGGCGGGGGUCCCAGGAGUGGGUGUGAUGAGGAUCCCGAGGCCGGACAGGGGGAGGAAUCUGAAGUGGGGCCUGGGUGUCGUGGUGAGGCACUGGCCAGCAUUGCUCACUUGUCAGGUCUGCUGGAGAUCGUGAGCAGGCCCCAAGUUGGAGGCAGCCGGACCUGGGUCAAGUUGUUCCGCAAUGGGCAGGCCCGGCCAGUGUACGAGGCUGUGGCGGCGAGGCCCAGCCCCGGCACCACUGUCACAGUUUGCAAUCUUUUUUACCGACUGCCAGUGAGGCGACGCCGCAUGGUUCGGACCCUGGAGUGGGAGCAGAUCCGGCGCCGAGUUCAAGCCCUGAGUCUCCUGCACCCAGGUGUUUCAUUCACCGUGCGUAAUGAAGCCUCUGCCACAGCUGGAGGCUCACUGGUGGUCAGGUUGCCGAAAGCCAGCAGCUUGCCAGCCCGCUUCGCUCAGAUCUAUGGUACACAGAAGGCAGCAGCGCUUGGCCGUGUCCAACACUCAAAUGGCUGUUUCCAAAUGAGCGGCUUCAUCAGCCGACAGGGCCACCAUACCAAGGCCCAGCGGCUGGUAUUUGUCAAUGGGCGGCUGGUGCUCAAAACCCGCAUACACGUGCAGCUGGAUUUGCUAAUCAGACGACACAGCCUGAUAUGUAGGUCAGGGCCUUGCAUCGGCUCACGUGGAGGCCCUGAUCUUCACCCUGUUUAUGUCAUCAAUGUCAGCUGUGACCAUUGCCAAUACGAUGCCUGCUGGGAGACUGGCCGCACCUUGCUAGAGUUCACCUCCUGGGAUCUACUGCUGAACUGCUUGGAGGAGGGAGUCCGUGCCUUCUUGCUACAGGAGAAACUUCUGCUGGAGCCCACUGAGGAGCAGGAAACUCCCCAGCUGCCUCUUCUCAGCUCAGAACCUGCCUUCUCACACGAAAGGGCAGUCGUCCAGUCCAAGUCUGUGCACAGACAAGCUGUACUACCGGAGAACUCUAGCGGGGAUGCUGUGUGUCAGGGGGUUGCUACAGUUGAGAAGGUUGGGGUGUUGGGUGCUAAGGGUGAAGAACCAGCCUUGCAACAUUCAGGCACUGUCCCGCACUCUACUGAAGCCCCAAGACCCAUCACACAUAUUGCUGGUCAGGAGGCAGCUGUGUGUGGCAAGUCCCUGUGGGAAGAGAUGGGAGGAAGCAGCCCCCUCACCAACCCAAGUACAUCAGGCAGCCCUGAGACACAACCUGCAAAGCUGGGGUACCCCAACACAGAAAGUGUGCUCACAAAAGGAGAUGGAAUUUAUCAACUUGCUGUUGCCUAUGAGAGUGAGACCUCAUCAAGCACCAAUAGCUCACCUAGAGAGGGGGUGCAGAUAACAGAAGGGGAGAUUUGUGAAUUGCACUCAGGGCAGAAGGAGCUUUUGGGAAACAAGGGGUGUCAGGGAGUUGGAGUGGAAUUCGGUGUCACAGGUCUCAUAACCCAUGUGAUACCCAUGAAAAUGAAAACCUCUGACCUUGAAAAUGGAAACUUUAUGGAUUGGGGACAUGUCUUUCAUCCAGGUCCAGUGAGUGCCUGGGAUGUUAAUGAGAGGUUGAAAGAGGGAUGUAGUCAGCUCUCAUCUGGGGGCAAAGCGCACUUGGGUACAACCAGGGAAUGUGGGAAAGCCAAACCCCAAAGAUGUAUCAGGGUUUGUCGGAAAAUUCAGGGUACUUCCCAGUAUUGUUAUUGGUCUGGGAGCCAUGCAAAAUCAGUGAUGACACCUGGGGAGGUUACGUCACCAAAAGAUUGUGCCAAUUCCAAGUGUAAAAAUGUUGCCAAUUGUGAACCUGUCUCCUGUCAAGCUAGAUUCCACAGGAAACUAACUAUGUCUCUGAUAACUGGUUCAUUGGAUGCAUUUAGAAGAGAAUAUGCAAGGACUGAUGGUCAGGAUGGAGGCAGCUCUUCCCAAGGCACUGAGGUCACUCAACAUGGCACUGGUAAUCCAGCCAUGAAAUCCACACCAGAGAGUGCGAUGGUAGUUAAGGAAGCAGACAGUUUGAACCAGAACUUGAAUACAAGACACACGAACUCUGGAGCUGAUGUCCAGAGUGAGAGUUUACUGCACUACCAAUGUGAUUGUGAUGGGUUUCAAAGGAGUUUUUGUGCUCGAAGCACAAGCUUGAUAGCUGGACAUGUACCCAAAGUACAGCCCAGUCUUACUGCACAAACUACUUAUUCACAAGCCAAGAAAAUCACCCCCAUUGCUAAGGAGCCUCCAAGAACUUUGGCGGCAAAAUUGUCUAGAUUAAAGCACCUUAAAAAAGAGAGUUGGGAGUUCAAUUCAAGGAGUUUUGCAGACUGUUCUCCACCUUGCCAGAGUCCUGAGGGGCUUCUACAGCCAGAGAAGGAGUCUCCAAAUUACUUAUCUACAGAACCAAUGCUCUCAGCAGCUCAACUAGUCUCCGAAAACUGUGCCAUCCGGGAGGAAGUAGUCGGAGAGGAAUGUCAGGGAAGUUGCAGAAGUGCUGAAAAUAAAAGUGACCUUGGUCUGAUUUACAAAGGGUCUUGUUCAGAGAAAUCAUCUUGUACUGCAGCUGGUGAAAGGACCGUUGAUGGAACUGUUACGCAGCCGAAGCUACACCUUGAGGACCAAUCCCAAAGAGAUGGAGCAACUGAAGAGAAUUUGAAUCAGUCAGUUGACACUGUGGCCAGCUGCAAGGAAUCUGACCCUAUAUGUAUUCACACAAAAUUGGUACUUGAUGGAGCAGACGGUUGUGUGGAGACCUGCGAAGGUGAUGAUACUUUGAAAGGUUUCUCUUCAGAAUGGCUGCAAUACUUUGAUGGAUCUCUGGGGAAGACGGUGUUUGUAAACAGCAUAACUGGAGUGAGUAGCUAUGAGCUUCCACCAGAGUCUCAGACACGUGCCACCUGCACAAAAGACUUCACAACUAUGGCAGUUAACGUCCUCACAAAGACUGGUUUCCCAUAUCGAUGCUACCCAUUCCGCAGUGAAAACUUGAUUCCGUUCUUGCCUCGGCCACGUGAAGAGAGGCAAGAAGGCAAAGCUGAUGAAGGGGCCAGUGAUGGAAGAGAUGCUCAGUUGGAAUCAAGUGACUCACUGCGUUCACUGUUUCUGGAGUGGAGGAAUCCGGUCUUUCUCCGGCCCCCAGAGGUCGCUAUUGAUGUUAGCAAUGAGCAAGCUGAUGGUUUGGCGGUGAAGAUUCACAACAUACUGUAUCCCUACCGUUUUACGAAGGACAUGAUCAGCUCAAUGCAGGUCCUUAAUCAGGUGGACAACAAGUUCAUUGCAUGCUUGAUAAAUACGAGACUCGAUAAAGAGAAAAAUAUAGGAAAUAAUCUGCUGGUACUGGUGGAUCAACAUGCUGCCCAUGAACGAGUGCGUCUGGAACAGCUGAUUUCAGAUAGUUACGAGACCGUGGCAGAAGCUGCAUGCCACAGGAAGCUGUGCACCUCAACAGUGUGCCCACCCAUGGAGAUCAGCUGCACUCAGGAUGAGGCCGGCCUUCUGCGGUUGUAUUGGAAGCAGUUGGAGGCUGCUGGUGUACAGGUGGAGUUCAGAGAUGUUGAGAGCUCUAAGGUACUGAUCAGGAAGGUGCCAGCCUGUUUCGUAGAGAGAGAAGCAACUGAGGUUCGAAGAGGACGACAGCCUGUCACUCAAACCAUACUGCAGGAGUUUCUCCGAGAACAGAUUGAGGUGCUUCAGUCAACAGGAGGAUUCCAAGGUGUGUUGUCUCGUACUGUGCUGAAGGUGCUCUCUUCACAGGCCUGCCAUGGAGCGGUGAAAUUUGGGGAUGCACUGAGUGUGGAAGAGUGUAGAAGCCUCAUCAAUUCACUGGCCAGCUGUCACCUGCCGUUCCAGUGUGCUCACGGCAGACCCUCCAUACUACCUCUGGCAGACCUGGAUCACUUGGAUAUCGACCAAGAGGUUCACAAUAGACCUAAUUUACAGAGGUUGCGGACACUUAGGAAAGCGUGGGCAAGCUGUGAAGGAGUUCAGUGAUUGUGCUGAUUGGCAAGAGCUGAGGAACCUGUACCUGACCUGUUGCAUCAGCCUGACUGUCCUGUUAUGAAAUGGACAAAUGAUUCCCCCCGAGGCUGCUGUGGUACAUUGACCUAACCAUUUGGCCAGCUGUCUUUGAAUUGACUGACCAGCAAAGAUACUUGAGGUAGGAACUCAUGGGUGCAACUGCUGCAAACAGAGUGAUGUGUGUGUUGACCUUGUGUGCAAUGUAUGACUCUUUUAUUCCUGAACUAUUUAUUUCAAUAAAUGAAACUUGUUUGGUGUGCAGAAUCUUUAUUGGUGGUGGGAGUGUGUGGUGGCCAGUGGUGGGUAAGAUGUCCAUUGUAGCUGUGUUCCUUUACCAUGCUCUCCUGAGCCUGUUUAUGUAGCCAGUCCAUGAGUACAGGCUCAGGGCCCUCGUGGGUGAAUUACAGUAAAACUCCGAUCAUAGAUCACAGAACAGCACAGUACAGGCCCUUUAGACCACAUUGUUGUGCUGAACUACUCCUCCACAAUCAAUCUAACCCUUCCCUCUGCACAGCCCAUAACCCUCCAUUUUUCUUACAUCCAUGUGCCUAUCUAAGAGCCUUUAAAUGUCCCUAUUGUAUCAGCCUCCACAACCACCCCCAGCAGUGCAUUUCAGGCAUCCACCACUCUCUGUGUAAAGAACCUAUCUCUGACAUCUCCCUUGAACAUUCCUCCUCUGAGCUUAAAUGGAUGUCCUCUGGUAUUGGCUAUUGCCACUCUGGGGGGGGGAAAAAGGUGCUGGCUGUCCACUCUAUCUAUGCCCCUCAUAAUCUUAUACACCUGUAAUCCUGCAUCACUCCAAAGAGAAAAGCCCUAGCUCGCUCAACCUUUUCUCAUAAGACAUGCUCUCCAAUCCAGGCAGCAUCCUGGUUAAAUCUCCUCUGCACUGUCUCCUUCCUAUACAGAGGUGACCAUUACGUGGUGGCUCUUGAAUUUAAUCGCACGACUAAUAAAGGCCAGCACACCACACGCCUUCUUAACCACCCUAUCAAUUUGCGCAGUAACUUUGAGGAAUCUAUGGACUUGGAUCCAAAGAUCCCACUGUUCCUGCACACUGCUCAGAAUCCUGCCAUUAAGCUUGUCCUCUGCCUUCUUGUUCGUUCUUCAAAAGUGUAGCAUUUCACACUUUUCCAGAUUUGAACUCCAUCUGCCACUUAUCUGCCCAGCUCUAUCUCCUACCAAUGUCCUGUUGUAACCUGCGACAGACUUCUACACUAUCCACAACACCUCCAACCUUUGACACUAUCCACAACCUUACCCUUCCCUCCACUUCCUCAUUCAAGUCAUUUAUAAAAAUCACAGAGUAGGGACUGAUGCUGA